AUGGAAACAAUGGAAGAUAGAAAAAGAACUUAUUCUGAACAAAGUUCGUCUUCAUCGGACAAAAGUCCUCCUCCUAAGAGACAACUUUUAUCAUCACAACAAUCAAGGCCAGGUCAAGGUGUAAAUGGUCAAGCCACCUCCUCCUCAAGUAGCUCAAAUAGUUACCAGGAUUUUGCCAAUCUGGAUAUUUCUGAUCCAAAAUGGCUCGAGUGUUAUCAAAAGGAAGCUAUUAUUCGUGCUUUGCGAGAGUAUAAACGGGAAAGUGAGCGGAUAAAUAAAUGGAACGAACAACUUAAAGAAAAGCAGAUUAAUUAUGAAGACCAUUUAAGUGUUAUCAAUAGGUGUUGGAACAAGCUUUUAAACGAUUUACGAAUGAUUAUAUCCAGAGUUGAUGAAGAUGGAAAUUUAUCGAGCUUGAUUCCUUCAGACGUGCAACUUAAAGAAUCAAAAUUCCUUGCUCAAAUAUCUCAAUUUGAGCAAGAUGAUGGAAUUAUCGAAAUUAUUGAGGAAUCAUUGACAGAAAAAUUUGGAAUUACUAAAAAAGUUAUUACCGUAUUACUAGAGAAGAUUAUUGCGUGGAUAGAACAAAGAAAUAAAUUAAUAAAAUUCUUACAAAGUGAAAAAGAUCCAAUGUUGAAGGAGAAUAAAGUAAUUCAGAGCCUUAAGAAUGAAAAUGAAAGUCUGAAUCUUCUUAAUAAGCGUAAUCAGAAGGAUCUCGAUGAAUUACAUGUACAGCAUCACACGGUAUCAUUCGAGAUGAGCACUAUUAAGUACGAACUCGAAAAAACAAAAAAUCGACUUGAGGAAGUUGAAGGACGUCUUGAGAUUACUAAGGAUGAGCUUGCACAGGCAGAAAAGCGUUUUGAUAGAUCUAAAAGUGUGACUCUUGGACUCUGGACACAUCCUGGAAGUAAUAUCUUCGGAUCGUCAUCCGCUUAUGAAAAUGAUAAGAUUAAAAACCUUCCUGAAGACCGUAUAAUAGAUUCGCAAGUUUAUCGAAGUUUACAAGUUCAAUAUUUUCAUUGUAAAGAUACUUAUGAUUAUAUGCGUACGGUUAUGGAACAGAAUAGUCGUGAAAUGGAAAAAAUGACAGCAACACGAAACUCAGCCACAAAUCAAAUACAAGAAGAAACAAAACAAACUAUAAAAGAAACUGAAGAUCAAUUGAAUAAACUUCUUUUUGAUCUAGAUCGAAUUCGUGCUCAAAGAGAUGAUGUUUCAAUGGAAGUGGAUAAAUUGAGAGCAAUGUUACCGCAAGAAUUUCGUCAAAUAUCUGCCCUAAGGGUACUCGCUAAUGAUAGAAAAACAAUAAUACGUCAGUUAAUGACAGAGAUUCAGAGGCUUAAUAUGAAGAUAGCUGCUAAUGAAGGUAAUAAGCAAGCAAUCGAUUUUUAUUGUACACCUGCAGAACCACCGGAUGUUACUUAUGAGGAAAUUCAACAAGGAAAAAAUUCAUUUGAGUUAAUAAAAAGACAAUUAUCAUAUGACCAUCAUCUACAAGAAGAACUAAAUAAAUCAGAGAAAAUAAGAAUCGAACUUCAAAGAGAAAUUGAUGAGUUAAAGAACAAUUUUGAAAUGGGAGAUUAUCACGAUAUUAUAGCUUCCAAGGCUAGGCUAAAACAAGAAGUGGAAGAAUUAAAAAGUAGGUUGGAUGAAUAUGAUGAGAAAUACGGUAUUAAAGAUCCUGGUGAUGAUCCAUUACAUAUACUUACUUCAAAGAUCGGAGAAGCCGAGAGAAAGAUUGAGAAAAUAGAAUCAGAUUGUGAUUAUCUAAAAAAAAAUGAAAAGCAGUUAUUACAAGAACUUGAAGUUUUAGGUGAUCACUGGGCACGUCAAGACCAAGAAAAUACUGUCAAAGUUUUUGAAAUUAUAGCACAUGAUGAAAGGUUGCAAAAUGCGCGAGAAUCUGAAGCAAAAGUGAAACAAAAAUUGAACUCCAUAUGGAUGGAAAAUGUUUCUUUGAAAAAACAAAAGAAUCAUUUAUCUACAGUUAUUCAAAAUCAAACGGAUCUCUUACGUCAAAAAGGUUAUCUGGAAGAGAAUCUCAAAUCACAACUGGACAAUGCCAACAAAGAACUAGGAUGUUCCAAACAAGUUGUAGAUGUACAUAAACUUAAAUUGCAUGAAUUUACACAACAGAACAAAGAUUUGAAAGAAAAGAUUGAAAGAAACAUGACUACACAUAACGAGUUGAAAAAACAACUCGAAGAAAGCAUAAAAUCAUGUGAAAAAGAAGCCCACAAGUCAAGAAGACUGGCUGAAGAAGUUGAAAUGUAUAAAAGACAAGCUGAAGAUCAUCGAAGGACACAAGUAUCAGACACGACUGAGCAACAACUAAUUCAGAAUUAUGAGAAACUACUUAAAUGUUCGUCUUGUGCUAUUCGAUUCAAAUCACAUUGCUUAUUGAAAUGUAUGCAUACAUUUUGUAAGGAAUGUCUUGAAGCACAAGAAAAAGCACGUAACCGUAAAUGUGCAAAAUGUGGACUUCCUUUUAGUAGUACCGAUAUCAAACAAUUAUUUCAUUAG